UAAGAGUCUUCUAACUGAUCCAUCAAAUCCAACGAGCAGUCUCAUUACUAGUCUUUAUGAAAACUGCGGUUGUAUACGGUGCGAGAUAUUCCAGUUUGAAAGCAAUAUUUAUGUGCAUAUGUAUGUAUGUAAGUACGUAUGUGCCCAUACAUAUAUGUACAUAUGUGCAUAUACACGUGAGUGUAUUUCCAUUAUAAUCAAAAGCAAUAUCAAGUUAUCAAUUCAGUCACUAGAGGGGCACCACAGCAGUCGGUUAUUGGAGAAAGAGCACACACGAAAUGGAACGAAAUUUUGUUAUUUUCUGUGCAAUUGUGAUAUUUUUAUUAGGCAGUUUUAGCUCAUUAGUUGUUGGCGAAGAGUAUGAUGUUGUAUAUGGAUACGAAUGUCAGCAGAGCAAGUGUUUAAGAAUUGAAAUUACGGAGAAAACUAUAGAGACAGCCAUCAGUUUGCCAGUAUGUCGUUUGCUUUGCGGAGAUUCACCAGUGGGAACUGUCUGGCCAAAACCAACUGGAAUUAUGCGCACUGAGAAUAUUUUACUACAUGUAGAUAUAACAACAAUCACAUUUCAAUUUCCCACCAAACUCACCAAACAACUAUCGCUAUGGGAGGCAAGCAAAGAGAGAUUUUUGCAGCAGUUAAAAAGCCACACAGAAGAUGUAAUUGUCGCACCAAAGCCUGGUGGAUCCAAUUUGACAGUAGUAGUGGAAAUAAACUCCGAAAUCGAUGAGCUACCCCGUCUAACGCUUGAUACCGAUGAGAGCUACAAUCUAACUAUAUCCCCCCUAAAAGGGGGUGGUGCUGCGAUCGCUAAAAUCUCAGCAAAUUCAUAUUUCGGUGGAAGACAUGGUUUGGAAACAAUUUCACAGUUAAUAGUUUAUGAUGAUAUUCGUCGAGAAUAUCAACUAUUGGCUAAAGUGGAAAUAGAAGAUGCACCUAAAUAUAAAUGGAGAGGAAUAUUAUUGGAUACGUCAAGGCACUUCUAUUCUGUGAAGUCUAUUAAACGUACUUUGG